CUUCUCCCGGGGCUGGCGCGGAGGGGUGCGGGUUUCCUGCCGCUCCUUCCCUCACGGCUCCGCGCCUCGGACACAGCCCUUCGCUCUCGGUGCUGGCUCGGGGGGGAGGUGGUGCUUGGCCCUCCACAAAAAAAAAAAAAAAAAAAAAAAAAAAAAAAAAAAAAAAGCAGGUUCCUCUGUGUGUGUAUGUGUGGUGAGUUUUCUUCGCUGGCGACGGAAUGGAGGCGGCUCAGCGCUCCCGCACAGCCCAAGCAGCGGGGGAUAGGGAGGGGGUGCUGCCGGGCUCUGCUCGGGACAAGCUCUCUUUUGUGUGAGCUUGGAUGACCGAGACACCUCGCGAGCCUUUUUCCAGAUGUGCUCGAGAGAGGAAUCUGGGGCCCUUUGUGCAUGAAAUUUGCCUAAUUUAUGAGUUUCUGUCUCCCUGGGAGUGCCCUGAGAAAGUGCUUGCAAAGUCGUAGAACUUUCUAACGUUUUAAAUAUGUUUGCAUAGCUUUGUGGAGUUUUUCUUCCCUCCCUUGCAUAGGGAAGAGGCAAGCCCAGCAUCUGUGAGAGAAGUUAGUAGCUCCGAAUAACCCCCUCCCCCAGCCCGGUUGCUCUGAGGUUUUACCUUGCAGCUUGCAUAGCUGAUGGACUUUGCUCUCUUUGAAGCUUUGUAACUUUGGGGCAGGCUGGGAGAACUUUCUGGACUAAAAGCAGCAUAACUCCUGAAUCCGUUUAAUCUGUACUUAAUGUUCUUGUUUGUUUGUGGGGAUUUUUUGUUUUGGUGGUGUUUUUGGUUUGUUUUAUUUUUUUCCUCCUCUGGCUCUCCUCAGCUGGGAGGAAGUUGGCCGAUGGGGAAGUACAGAUGUGAUGUGUGGAGCUAUAGGGGCUCCCAGGGUGGCUGCUGCCCAAGCUGCUUUUACCGACAGAAGUGAAAAAUGUCACUUGGCUCUCUGCUUCUUCAGGUUCCUCCUGCUUUUGCUACCCCAGGAAAGGAGCAGAGCUGUUGAGAGUGUGUCGUGGCAUCAAAGUGAAAGCUGUCUGGAUGUAUAACAGGUGGCAGACCCACCAUGAGACCUGGGAACUGACCCUCUUGCUAAAGGAGGUGUCCCUUGGUUCUGUCCUCCUACUUCUUCCGGCUCUCAGAAAGAAACAGUGUAUGAGGCAACUUAGGUAUCCUGACUGUGACCUUAGGGGGCAUCUUUCUUCAUAGCUCCACUUGAGUCAUCCUAAAUGCUGUUAGAGCAGGUAGAAAAAUCUCUGCCCUCGGGGUAAAUGUGCGGAUGAGAAAGAUUUGAGAUUAGUUCUGUUGGCGUGACACUCCCUCUCCCACAGCUCUCACAAACUGCGCCACAGGACCUGUGUGAGCUGUGUGUUUCUGGUAAGGCUUAGAUGGCAUUGGCAACACCCCAGGGCUGGAGGGGGUGACUCUCUGCAAGGCCAAGCUUCCUCAGCCGGUUUGGUCUGUGUGUGGGUGGGCUGAUAACCAGCAGUGAGGAUGAGCAGGGGCAGCUGCUGGGUGGAGACAGCCCUGAGCAGCAAGUGCCCUAAGUGCGGCACAGCGUACCGGGAAAUGGGCUGCUUUGGGUUCAGGGAGAUAGCAGCUGCUGGUUGCUAAGCCAGUGGGUUUUUUUGUGAAGCAGCCAAUGUCCCCAGACUGUGUGUUGACUAACCCCGUGAUUAGAAGUGACAUUGUCACUGUAGUGUGCUGCUCAUAAUCCUGUCAAAUCUGGUAGAACUACUGCCAAGUGGUUCAUUGCACCCUAGUGAAAUAAUUGAGAAGGAGGCAAAAGUCUCUAAAGAAAGGCUGGAGGUGUUUUUAACACCUUCUGAAGCUUGGUGGGAACUGCAGAAUGGAAGGGAGCUGGUCAGUCCCUUCUGACUGGCCAGUCUGUUGACCCUUAAAAGUUUGGAGGAGUGAGGACAGACCUUGCUAAUUACUCUUCUGCCCUGGCUCUUUCCCAUUCUGAAUCCAGGGGGAAUGCUCAGCACAGCUUUUUGGCUCCUGCUUAUUGUUGCGGCCUCAUUCUCCUUUUGAAACUCCCAGAAGAGUUGUCCAAGUGUAUGCCUCUUAUCAGCACUGCACAAAGGGAAGGAAAAGUUUAGCAGCACGGACUUUGUUUGUCUGCGUUGCCACACGCUUGUGACCUGGGGAGGCUGGGACAGGUUGCUGCUCUAUCGUGCCACGCUGCACUGAGCCGUGGGAGCGCUUAGAAUGGGGCGUGCGGCUCUUAGCAGCAGCCUGGGGUUAUCGGGGGUGGGCGGAUGUUCGUGGCACCGGGGCUGUCUGUGGCAGCAGCUGUUAUUGUCCGUGGGAGAGGCCGGCAGCGCGGAGGGGCACUGAUUCGGACAUGCCAACGCGAAAAGCUGGCACGGAGCCCCCGUGCUGACGGCAGCCCUAUUGUGCUAGGGUGUUAGGAGGGCUAUGGGCAUGCCAGGCUUACAACAAAGCGUCUGGCUCUAUGGAGGCUUCUAGCACGGGGGAGCUUGCUGGCCUGGAUCGCAGGACCGGGGCAGUCCUGGGGAUGCGCCUCUCCCCGGGACAGCCGCCGUUCCCGGCCGGGCACCCUGCCUUGGCUGGGCCCGGGGCUGCCCGCGGGCGGGCGGGCGGGGGGCGGCGGCAUCCGGGGAGCGCUUCCUGGCGGGGGCGGAGCGGAGCGGGCGGCAGAGCCCGGCCGGGGCAGGCAGGAGACGCGGGCUGGCAUCGCCCAGCUCCCGGAGACCCUGUCCCGCCCGGCCGUGCGGGCUCCGGCGGCAUGGAGGGGCCUGGAGGUGCUGAGAAGAUGGCCUCCCCAGGUGCCCCAGGGACCCGCAUGACAUCCACAGUCAGCAUCAACAUUUCUACCCCUUCCUUCUACAACCCACAGAAGAAGUUUGCACCUGUGGUUGCCCCUAAGCCCAAGGUGAACCCCUUCAAGGCUGGGGGUGCGUCAGAGUCAUCGCUGCCUCCACCUCCUGGUCCUGGUGCCCAGCGUGCUCAGAUGGGGAAGGUGGGGGAGAUUCCAUUACCACCCGUGUCCCUGCUGGCAGAAGACCUGCCGCUGCCACCUCCUCCUCCACCUGGGGAGGAUGCAAGUUUCUCCUCAAACUGUGCAUUUCCACCACCCCCACCACCCUUUGAAGAACCUUUUCCACCAGCCCCAGACGAAGCUUUUCCCUCUCCUCCUUCUCCACCACCUCCUCCUCCUCCACCAAUGUUCGACGAAGGACCUCUGGGCAAGGUUCCUGCCCCACAGGUACGUGGCAAGAUGAGCAGCAUUGAUCUUGAGAUUGACUCACUGUCUGUAAUGUUGGAUGACAUGGAGAAGAAUGACCCCUUCAAAUCCCGGAUAACUUCAGGAUCCACAGGCUCUCUGGAGAAACCAUUGGCCCCAAAAGCCCCUGUGGAAGUACUAUCUGCACCCAAAGAUACUCCUCAUUCCUUUCCUUCCAAGUUCACUCCAAAGCCAAGUGGAAGCUCAUCUUUCAAGCCCCCUGGGGUGGAUUUGAACCCCACCCCAACCCCAUGGGCAGCCCCACAGCAACGCAAGGAGCCCCAAGCACCAGUCCCUCCACCCCCCUCUCUCCCUCCUGCUCAGCCUACCCCUAAAUUCACCCCAUCUCCUGUUGCUGGCUCUCCAAAGUCUGUGUCCAAAUCAGGUGACAGUGCUCCAAUGGCUCCCUCAAAUUCUACAAGAUACCCUACCUCCCUUCAGACUCAGUUCACAGCCCCUUCACCGUCAGGCCCCUCCUCUCGACCACAGCCCCCCAAUUUCACCUAUGCCCAGCAGAGGGAAAGACCCCAAGUGCAGGAGAAGCCACGCCCAACAGAACAACCUGCUGCUGCAAGAGACACGCAUAGGCCCACGGGUUCCAGUGCAGAUCCGCCUAGGGGGAAUUCCUGUCUGACAAUGAAGGAGGUAGAAGAGCUGGAGAAGUUGACCCAAAAACUCAUGAAGGAUAUGGAGCAUCCACCCCCAGCAGAGGCUGCAACUUCUGAGCUCUGUGGCUUCUGCCGGAAGCCCCUGUCACGAACCCAGCCAGCUGUGAGGGCCCUGGACCGCCUCUUCCACGUGGAAUGCUUCACCUGCUUCAAAUGUGAGAAGCAGCUGCAGGGGCAGCAGUUCUACAAUGUGGAUGAGAAGCCCUUCUGCGAGGACUGCUAUGCUAGCACCUUGGAAAAGUGCAGUGUCUGCAAGCAGACCAUCACAGACCGGAUGCUGAAGGCCACUGGCAACUCAUACCAUCCCCAGUGCUUCACCUGCGUGAUGUGCCAUACCCCCCUGGAGGGCACCUCUUUUAUUGUGGACCAGUCCAACCAGCCUCACUGUGUGGAUGACUACCACAGGAAGUAUGCUCCACGCUGCUCAGUCUGUAGUGAACCUAUCAUGCCAGAGCCUGGAAAGGAUGAGACAGUGCGUGUUGUUGCACUGGAGAAAAAUUUCCACAUGAAAUGUUACAAGUGUGAGGACUGUGGGAAGCCCUUGUCCAUUGAAGCAGACGAGAAUGGGUGCUUUCCUCUGGAUGGGCACGUGCUGUGUAUCAAGUGUCACACCGUCCGUGCAAAAACGGCGCGCUGAGGAGCUCGGAGGGGCCGUUCCCUCGAGACCCCCGCACUCAAUACUCCUCCCCUCCCUGCAAUUGUCCUACCCCUCUGCCUGACAAGGCAGACUGCUACCAACGGAGACUAUGCCAGCGCAGUUUUUCACUCAUGUAGGAUUCACUGCUCCUAGACUUCACUCUGCACAUCCACCAAGAAAGGACCUCUUGUCCUGCCACCGCUUCCUGGCCACAGUGUAUUCCAGGCUGGGGGCUGUGAUCAAGGUGAGUGCACAAUUGCCGUUUCCUCAAGACUCUGGUGGAGAAAGAUCAGAGCUCCACCACCGCCUGGUGGAAGAAGCAAGAAGGGCCUGGUGGCAGAUGCUGGGAAGGGCUGAGAGCAUUCUUCAGUUCCAUGGAGCAAAGAACGAUGAAGUGACUUGAGAAGGUGGAAGCCUGCAUCUUGGCACCACUUCUGUCUUUUAUUUUAUAUCUUGUGACACCUCAUCAGGAUGUGUUCCUCUGCCUGCUCCCUCACCUGGGUUAGAGUGUGGAGGCAUAAAGUAGUGCAAAUCUGUUACUGUUGCUGGAAAAAGCUAACCUGCUAUAGCUUUUCUGUCUCUAAUGGAUUUUACUGAUUAACUGUCUUGUCUUUUUUUCCCUUGGCCAGAUUAAACUGGCAGUGUUUGAAAUACUACUCUGUUUCUGAGUUUGGAAACUUUAAAUAAAAAAAUCUUCCCCUUCCCAAAAUGAAUUGUUUCCCAGUGCGGUUUCUGGACAGCCAGGCUGGGAACCAGAGUAGCAAAGCAGUCCAAAGAAUGCAUGUUUACAAAUAAAGACUGUCAUAAGGACGGGCAGCACAUGGUGAGGAGGCGUCUCGGUGCGUGGAUGAGGAUUCAGCAGACUGAGGAAUGUCUCCUGUUCCAGUAGGGUUUCUUUCACUGCUGUCGGUGAAAGCCGCGGUGUAAUUGCAAUGUACUGUCUGGCUCUGAGCGUUACUGCACCGAGCCCCAUUUCCUGGACUAGAAACUGUCUCAAACUGAACAAACAUUUUGAAUAACAGCACUGUCCAACCACUGUUUGCAUUCAAUAAAAUGUGUGGGUUUUUUUCCAUUAA